AUGUCAUAUAAACGCUCCCGUGCGACGUACGAAGCCGAUCUCCAUGCACCCUUUGCAACUUUCGGCACUCCUUUGCCCGAUGAUCCCGAUGCUCGAGAUGAUGGCUCCUUCGUUCCAGUAUGGAAGCAGGAGGUGAGGGAUGAGAGAGGUCGAAAACGCCUCCAUGGCGCAUUUACCGGCGGAUGGAGCGCAGGUUACUUCAACACUGUCGGAUCCAAGGAGGGAUGGACACCGUCGACUUUCGUUUCGAGUAGAAACAGCCGCCACAAAGAUGCCAAAAACCAAUCGCAACAACGACCAGAAGACUACAUGGAUGAAGAGGACCUUGCUGAUGCGGCAGAAGCUCAGAAAGUCCAGACUUCUCAAGCAUUUGCUGGUCUUGGCUCCUCCGGCCAGGAUCCCAAUGCCGGAGGCUUGAUGGGCCUCCUGAGGGCUGAAGGAGAUACCAUGGGAUUGAAACUGUUGCGGCGCAUGGGAUGGAAAGAUGGACAAGGCAUUGGUCCCAAGAUUCGGAGAAGCGCCCGCCUUGAGCUAGGAGAUAAAAGCUCUCAGCCUGCUGAAACGCAUUUAUUUGCGCCUGAUAAUGCAAAAAUGAUUCAGUUUGUUCGCAAGAACGACCGAAAGGGACUGGGCUACGACGGAGAAGCCAAGUUGUCGGGUUUGAAUCCUAUCACGUCUGCAGCAGAUGAUGAUGAUGACAACGACGAGGACAAUUCUCACGAUAAUGGUCUCCGGGAUUCCUUUUUGCUCUCGCAAAAGUCCAAGACUAAGCCUGGCCGAGGUGGUAUAGGAGUGGGCAUCUUGAAUGACAAUGGCUCCGAUGAGGAAGAUCCUUACGAAAUGGGACCAAAGAUCAGAUACAAUCGUGUCAUGGGCGGUGAUAAGAAGAAAAAGAAGGCGAAGAAAGCAACAGCAGCAAUUAACCCUGCUCUGAAAAAUGCGCCUGUCUUUGUGUCUCGAACUGCUCGAGCUGGUAUUGGUCUUGGACGGUGUCAUGAUGGGCGAUUACCACUCGAUGGGUUUGUAAUCGCCAAACUUACAGAAGACUUAUCCGAUCUUUUUUUGGAAUACGCACCGCCUCCGGUUCCAGAAGGAUGGGCGUCCUCAAAAUCCCCUAUAGACCAAGCCAAGCCAGAUUACAAGUCAACAGCAGAGGCUGCAAAAGCAUCGACCCAUGAUGCAAAGUCUAGAGCGGCGCUUCUUGGAGAGAAGAGCCUACCAGGAAAAUCGGUCUUUGAUUAUAUCACGAGCUCAGCACGCGACCGACUUGCUGCAGCUUCCGGCAACAAAAAUCUUCCCCAGGGUUUGGGAGAGGUCCCAGAAGGAUUCUCCAUGACAGAAGAGGAAAGACAGCAACAGGUAUGGGAUGAAGCACCCCAGCUGGAUCGUGAGACAGCCAUUGCAGCUAUUUCUCGAGGCUCCUCUGGACCCUACGCAGACAAUGAAGAGAAAAAGGCGCGGUAUAGAACUUAUCUGGAGCAUUUUGCAACAGGCAGCCAACCGCUCCCGUUCAAACCCAAGGGCAUGGCGUUUGACGACUUUGCCAGGGAAUUGUCGGAAUUCCACAAUUGUGCGAGGAUCUUCAAACCGAUGACAGGGUUUAUGGCAUCUCGAUUCACCACGGCGAAGAAACCAACAGUCGUCUCAGCAAACGUAUCUGAGACAGAUCUGGUGUCGAAACCCGAACCAAAGAUCGCAGAUCCAGCAGAAGAGGCAGCCAAAAUCGGCAUGUAUGGGCAAAUGACUCGAACAGUUGGAGACUUUUAUCCAACAAGGCUAUUGUGCAAGCGAUUCAAUGUCAGGCCGCCCGCGCAUUCUCAAGCGGAGGCUGAGGCAAAACCUGACCCCGGGACGACGAACCGUGAUGGAGGUUCAGGGCCCAUGGACGAUGUCAAGAUGAACUCAACAUUCCCGGCUGGCGAUGUCAAGUCAAUCGAAGGAGUCCCUGCAAACACAGCACCACCAGCUCUUGAGCCCGAGUCCGCCGUUAAUCCGCAUAAGAAUGAAGCAGUUGAGGUGUCCUUGGAGAAGAAGACGCCGUCACCAGACUCAUCAAGACCGCCAAGCACUCGAACAACAUCAAGUCAUCAUCGCGAACCGACCCCCGACGACCUCAAAUCCGCUCAAGAACCGGAAUCACACAUUCUUUUGAGUCGCGAUCAAUCACCUCCGCCGCAAUAUCCCGCCUCCGAACCUUCAACCUCUCGUCCUCCCCCCUUCUCGUCGCUCUUUACCUCCCCGCCGCACGACGCUCACGAGCGUCCUCACAAAUUCGUCGCUUUUGUCGCUCAUUCUCCUUGCGAAGCAGAGGCAUCGGGCUCAGCUGCACCAGCAUACGAAUCUUCCUCGCCUAGAGAAGCUCUCCCCUUUGACCCGGAUCAGAGCACUACUGCAUUCCGCGAUCCAGUCGCAGAGACCAAGCGCGCGCUUCCUCGGGAUACCAAGGGAGAUUCCAGUCGCAAAGACGACGACGCAGAACCGCCUCCGGCUUAUUCAGAAGAGGGCGAUAGUCCCCUUUCCACAUUCUCUUUCCUAAUGGCUGCCGCAGGAGGAGCCGCGAGUAUUAUUACUCAGGUGCAACAGGGUGGACCGCCUGUUAGCACUCUUGGAGAUGUUGGUGCCGAUGAGACGAUUGCUAUGGACCUAAGGGGCACAAGGUUUUAUCUCUCUAGGGACGAGCUGCUUACUUUGCCCGAGUUUGUGCUGCUAUCUUUGUUCCCCAAUGGAUUAUUCCCUGAGGGCCAAAUGGGUGGCUUUGCAGACGGCGAUGCAGUGCAAGUCGACUACGACCCAGCUUCACUUCAGUACAUGCUUGACUUCUUUAGGGACGUAGCACAAUCCAUCCCCACAGAUGGUUCACCAAAUGCGUCUCAGGAUGAGGAUACGCCUUCUCUCGGUACCUCGCGUGACGACUCUAAGCGAGCCGGUAUCAUUGUGCUGCGUGAGGACCUCGACUUCUAUGCUAUCCCUCCACGAGCGGAUAUUGGCCCGCUUGAUAUGAUUGCUGUGAAACGGGCAGCUGCAGAGGCUUUGCAGCAGCAGAACGGCAUCUUUUCGGGUCUCAAGCGAAGCGACGAGCCGGGUACUACUGAGGCCCACUUGAUCGAGAUGCUGACGGCAGGUGGUUUCAAUCAUGAUGAUCGAUGGGGUCAUCGAGCUGGUGAGCCUAACAAGGCCGUCAUCUGCAGUCUGGCUCUUGCCCGUCUACGCAGCGACAUCCGGGGUAACGAGAUGGGCACUAAUGCUGUCGGUAUGGCCCAGAAGCUUCUGCUCUUCUGGCGUAAACCUGCUCGGCGAUGCUGGUGGGAGGGUGUCGAGCUUGAAAAUGUUGCAGGUGUCGAGGGCAAGCUCAAGGUCUGGAUCCGAAGAGUAUGGACCCUCGAGAUGAGUGUUAUUGGCCUGCGCUAG